AUGUAUUUUACCACCGCAAAGACGCUGGCCGUCGUUCUGGCCCUCGCCGGAAGUGUUCAGCCAAGUGUUAUCCCGCUGACCCAGCGCGCUCCGUUCUACCUCGGGUGGCAUGCGUCGACAAAGGAGAAGAUUGACGAGAUGAAAGCCGCCGAUACCAUGUUGUUUCUAGGGAACUCACAGCCUGGCAAGAACCAACUCGGCGAUGGUGUGUACAUGUCGGAUAAGUUGGGGGACUGGGGCAGUUCGGGAAAGGUUGUCUGUUUAUUUGCGGCGGAUGAAAGCAAAGUACGCGCUGCAUCAAAGGUGAAAUACCCGGAGAAGAACAGAGCCGGCAAACCAAUCCAGUGGUUAUGGACCAACUUCGAAAACGACGCGAAGAAAGGGAAGAACAUCCAUGCAUAUUUCGAAGAUGUCGGAGCAGACUUGAAGACAGCCCUACGACUCUCGGAUUGGGAUAACGGUCUCCAGCUCAAGAUUCCUGAAACGAUGGUCGGGGAGAGCAACCCGCUGGGCAUCACAAUUGUCGAAUGCGCUGAUUUUGACAAGAGGAACGAAAUGGAGAACAAGAAUGUGGUCGUGGACUGGAAGUCCUGGCCGGGCUGGAAGGGCUGGUUGCAAAGCGAGCCGGUGCCCGCAGGGAACGAAGAAGCGGCGUGCCUGGUCAACCAAAAGCGUGAUGGAUCAAAGGCCGGCAGCGCAUGUGCCUUGUCUUCGUCUACUGGCACGGAGACUGGCACGGCGACUAGCACAGCGUCCUCAGCGUCUAUGACGUCUUCGAGCCAGGCGGCUGCCACAACGUCCUCAAGCAAGGCGGCUGCCACGACGUCCUCGAAAAAGGCGGCUGCCACGACGUCCUCAAGCAAGGCGGCUGCCACGACGUCCUCGAAAAAGGCGGCUGCCACGACGUCCUCGAAAAAGGCGGCUGCCACACCGGACUCAAAGCCCAAGAAGCCUAAGGGCUCUAAGUCUACCUGA